AUGAAGGACUUGGUGUGGGUUGAGCAGUACUUCCCCGCCCGCGGCCGAAUGAACCGCAUCCUGGUCACUGCGAAAGAUGGUGGUAGCAUUCUGCGACUGGAGACAAUGGCCGAGAUCUUCCAACUUGCUGAUGAUGUGAAAGCACUUUCGGGCACUGAUGGAGCGACUUUCGCCGGUCUCUGCCUUCAGGUGUCCUCCGGUUGCUUGAAUGCUGGGGUCCGCCGAUAUUUUGGGACCGGUACCACUGCCGACUUCAAUUCGACAGUCACGACUCAAGCCGACAUCCUGGUUGCUGUGAACAAGGCCAGCUUCCCCGACGGUGCUCCAGCAUUCGCCGAUGACUCACUGGGUGGCAUUGGGCGCGAUGGCAGCGGCAGCAUCACGAGUGCCACCGCCGCGCGUGUCGACUUCAUCCUGAAUGCCGACAGCGAUUCGAUGGCAUGGGAGGAGGCUCUGGUGGAGCAUUUCACCAAGGACCAGCUCUCUACUCAACGCUAUGAGCACGUGGAUGCUUUUGUGCAGGCGCAACGCUCCCAGGACGACGAACUGAACAGAACAGUUCGAGCGGACAUUCCACUUUUCGCCAUCGCUUUUGUGGUGAUGGCAACAUUCUGCUCGAUCUUCCUCGGCAAGACAGCAUCGUGGACACAGAGCAGAAGGCUGUUGGGUCAAGUCGAGUUCUUCCUGGUGCUCUUUGGGUGCAUCGCAGGCUACGGCACCUCCAUGCUGAUCGGAGUUCCAUUCACAGUGCUGCAGCAGAUCCUCCCUUUCAUUCUCGUGGGCAUUGGCAUCGACGAUGCUUUCGUCAUCUCCGGGGCCUUCGAUGCGACCGACAAGUCCCUGAGCAUCCCUGACCGGAUCGAGAAAGCUGUGCAGCGCGUGGGAGUCUCCAUCACAUUGACGAAGGUGACCUCCAUCUCCUCUUUCCUGCUGGGGGCAACCGGUGUCUUCCCUUCGGUCCAGUAUUUCUGCGCCUAUGCCGCCAUCUCCUGCUUCUACAUUUGGCUUCUUCACUGCACCACCUUCUGCGCCCUGCUCGCCCUCGAUGCAAAGCGUGCCGAAGCAGACCCCCCUCGCCUGGACCCUUGCUUCUGUGUUGCGGCCGGUCCAUCAUGUAUGCCCAACAAAGAGAACUCGCAGGGCGCGUCGAUCCUUGAGAAGGCCCUCGUGGCCAUGAUCAAGUUCCUGACCAGCCACCCAGCCAUCUCGUUCGCCACCAUCAUCCUUUUCCUCGCGGUAGCUGCAGUGUCUGCCUGGCAGGUGAGCCUGGGCCUCAGUACCGACUUUAACAUCAUGGACCUGUCACCGGACAAGAGCUACUUGCGAGAUUUCAACAAUAUGGAAAGCCUCCACUUCGGCGGCCUCUCAACAGGUGGCUUGUCCUUGCCGUGUGCCUUGUAUGUGGCAGACACGGACGUUAGCUCCCUGGCAGUGCAGCGCCAUCUAGAAGAGGCCGGCGCCGGGUUGAUGGCACUCGACAAUGUCAACUCUGUCCGGGGGCUUCAGUCAUGGCACACCAUCUUCACACUUUGGGCUGUGCAGAACAAGGGUGUCCUUGCUUCCCUGCCUGACAGUGCCUUUACCGCAGUCGAUACCAACCGUACCGGCUGCGAGGCCGGCUUGCCCUCCGGUGUCACAACCUGCACCAGUCACCUGGUCACAGGCAGUACUUUCUUGACCGCCCUUCAGGAGUUCCUUGCAACGCCUCGGGGCAGGGCCUUCGAAGAUGAUGUGGUGAUCCAGAACGGACAGAUCAAGGUGGUUCGUAUUCGGGCUAAUCAUAUCGACACUUUCAACAGCCGGGAGCAGGUUACCUUGCUCGAAGAGGUCGAGGCUUUCACUCAGCAGUGGCAAGCCGCGCUGCCAGGAAGCUUCGUGAGCGCGCAAGCGUAUAUCUUCUUCGAUCAGUACCGCAUCAUUGUGGAGCAGAUGACAGUUAGCAUUGGACUCUGCCUGGCGGCAGUUCUCCUCAUCAGUGCGCUGGUCUUGGCCCAUCCCCUCUCUGUUUUAGUGGUGCUUCUCGUCCUUGCGCUGGUCUUUAUGGACCUCAUGGGCAACAUCGUGCUUUGGUCCCUGGCCCUCAACUCCAUCAGCAUGAUCAACCUUGUCAUGGCUGUUGGCCUGGUGGUGGAUUAUUCCAUGCACAUGGCACACAGCUUCGGGCUGCAAGAUGGAUCGCUGCCACGUGCCAAGCGUGCUGAGCUGGCCAUGAAGGAAAUGGGACAGCCUAUCUUCAUGGGUGUCAGCACAACCUUCUUGGCCAUCUUGCCUCUGGCAUUCUCAGCCAGUCAGGUUUUCCGCGUGUUCUUCAAGAUGUUCUUUGGCAUUGUCUUGGCAGGUGGUUCACACGGGCUGAUCUUCCUUCCUGUCUGCAUGUCCAUAUUUGGUCCCAGUGUGACCAAGUCCACAAGCGUGGAAGACAUAUCGAACACUGACGCGGAGGCUGCUGCUGGCAAGGUCGCCAACGGUGAGUCGGCGACGAAGUAA